GCAGACAGACUCAUCACAGAGACCUGUGGAUAAAAACACACCGGAGAAAAGCUGAACUUCAUCAGCUGCUGAUCACUCUUCGAUCCUCGGUCUGAUCGAUCACCUCUGCUCGGCGUUUUCUGAUGAACUUGGAAAGUUUUUCAUGUUAUUCCUCCGCAGCCUGCGGCUCUGCUCUACUUUAUCCCGCACGGAUUUAGCCGGAGCUAAGGCGCUUUAAUGAAGUCUGGAUGUGACUGGAGGAGGACUAACUAACCUCAGUAUUCCACUCAGCACUGGAAAGCCUGGAAAUCAUGGAAUAUUUGGAUACCUGGAACCAGGAGCCUGGGAUCUGCAGGACUAUGUAGCUCCGAGGACGGUGUUCAGGGCUCAGGCUCUGGUUCCUGUCUGCUGCCGUUGCAUCAUCGGAGCGUUUGGUUGGUCUGUUGGCGUUCAGGGUGCAGGAUGCCAGGAUGCCCAUCACUCAGGACAACGCCCUCAGCAUCCUCCCUCUGCUGGAGGACUGGAACAAAACUCAGAGCACAAGAGCACAGAAGGAGCAAAACCAGAACCAGGACACUUCUGGGGACAAGUCAGAUCAGGACUGGUACAGGAAUGGCGAGGGGGACAGUGUGUGCAGCAGCAGCAGCGUGGGCAGUUUAACCAUGGACGACCUGUCUCUGUGCGUAGCCGCCAUCCAGAAGCUGGUGGAGUACAUCAAGUUUAACUUCCUAGAGACGGAGGACGCUCCGUUAUCCAGCCCGCCCUCCUGCAGGGAUGGGUUGGACGUGGAGAUCCAGGCUGUCUCCAUGACCAAAGAGGAGGACGACUCUGCAGAGUUCGGCCUCAGCUUCGGGAACAUCCCCAUCUUCGGAGACCCCGAUGGGAGGAAGAAGGGCGGCCCCAGGAGGAGGAGGGACCAGGGGCCUAUCAUGGAUGUGGGCUGUAUCUGGGUGACAGAGGUGAGGAAGAAGAGCCCCGCCGCCCGCUGCGGGGGGAUCAAACUGAGAGACGAGCUGCUGUCACUGAACGGACAGCUGAUGGUGGGCGUGGACGUCCUUGGAGCCAGUUACCUGACCGACCAGUGCUGGAACGGCGGCUGUAUCUACCUGAUCAUGCUACGGCGAGUGAAGAGAAAGGCCCCUCCCCCUCCCUGUGAGGUCAACGGCGUCCUCGGCAUCUCUGUGAGCAGUGACGGCGACAACGAACCACAGGAGGGUGGAGCCUGUGAGCCCUCCGAUGGCUCAGGAAACUUCAAACGCACGCGCAAGUUUGGAGUCAUCUCACGCUCGUCCUUCACUCGAGACAACAGAGACUGCUCAGACGGCGAGCUGCAGAGCUGCUACACGCCUGCAGGAGACGCCCACACAGACACCUGUCCUCAGGUGAGACCUGGCGUGCACCGGCUGCACACCGGAGGCUCGGCCACGCUGCCCACACGGAGCCACAGUCAGCUGUUGGAGAGCAAGAUGGACUCAGUCAGCAGCGAACCUUCACAACAGCCCAGAGAGGGAAGCCACAUCUGGAAGAUGCACCUGGUGAAGGGUCAGGAGGGGCUGGGCAUCCAGAUCACCGGGGGGCGGGGCUCCAAACGCUCUCCACAUGGCAUCAUAAUCACUCGAGUGGAGGAGGGAGGGGCCAUUCACAGGGAUGGUCGUCUGCACGCCGGUGACGAGCUGCUGAUGAUUAACGGUCAGUCUCUGGUCGGUCUCACUCACCAGGAGGCCGUCGCCAUCCUCCGCUCCACCACCGGACUGGUCCAACUGGUAGUGGCAACCAGGGAGGAGUCGGAUGUUGGUUUUGAGCGUUUCCCCUCCACCAGUCUACCUGACCUGGUCAGCACCUGCAGUUACCUGUCCUCCCUCUCGUUGGCGGCUCCGCCUCACUCCCCUCACUCCGACUGCCCCCCUACUCUGCACAAACCCAGCCCGCCGACAAAUCUGGACAAGCUAGAAGAGGCGAGUCUGGCCGAGGUCCCCAAAGGAUCCUGCAGCUCCACACCCUCCAAACUCAACAGCCGGCCCUCAGGGGGGAGCAGUCGUCUGGAGUCGGUGGGCGAGGACGACGAGCUGUUUGUGGAGAACGGCGUGGGCAGCUGUGAGGUUGUGGAGAAGCCUCCACCUGGCCGACGGAAACACUCGCUACCUCAGCAGCUGGAUACAGGAGGAGUGAGACAGGAGUACCAGAUCAUUAAGAAAUCAGCUCGCUCUCUCAGCACCGUUCAAGUGGAGUCUCCAUGGCGACUGGCGCAGCCGUCCAUUAUCUCCAGCAUCGUGCUGAUGAAAGGCCAGGGCAAGGGUCUCGGGUUCAGUAUAGUUGGGGGUCAGGACUCGGCUCGAGGUCAGAUGGGGAUUUUUGUGAAAACCAUUUUCCCUCAUGGAGCUGCAGCCGCCGACGGACGACUGAAAGAGGGAGACGAGAUUUUAGAAGUGAACGGAGAAUCUCUGCAGGGACUCACGCACCAACAGGCCAUCCAGACCUUCAAGCAGCUGAAGAAAGGCGUGGUGACUUUGACCAUCCGGACUCGUCUCCGUAGUCCCAGUCUGACCCCGUGUCCCACCCCCACCCUCCUCAGCCGAUCCAGCUCACCAAACUCCAACACCAGCGGGGGGACGCCCGUCCCUGCAGGGUUUGAAGACCCGGAGGGCCGCAAGGGCCCCGGACUUGGCCCCAAAGACUGUAUCAUCAUGGAGGUGACGCUGAAUAAAGAGCCUGGUGUGGGUCUGGGGAUCGGGGUCUGCUGUCUGACUUUGGAGAACUCUGCUCCAGGGAUCUACAUCCACAGUCUCUCUCUGGGAUCAGUGGCCAAGAUGGACGGGAGACUCAGUCGUGGCGACCAGAUCCUGGAGGUGGACUCGGUCAGUCUCCGUCACGCUGCUCUCAGUGAAGCCUACGCCAUCCUCAGUGAGUGUGGACCCGGACCAGUCAGCCUCAUCAUCAGCAGACACCCAAACCCAAAGGUUUCUGAGCAGGAGAUGGAUCAGAUCAUCGCACGAUCGACACUCAGGGACAAAACAAGCAAAAACAGACUCUCCUCUCACCCACAAGCCGUGUCCUGUAAGAGUCCCGGGGCGGUGGUGAAGGAGCGUCAGGGAGACGGCUCGCCAGCUCUCAGCUGGACCAUGAAGAGGUUCCUCGAACCAGCCAGUAGACAGGGCUCGCUGAGCUCAGAGACAGAGCUGUCUCAAUAUUUCCCUCAGGAUGUUUCCAGUCACUCGUUCCUUUCUGAGUCCAUCCUGAUUGGCUCAACCAGCAACGAUGCGCUCCACCAGCAGAGCUGCAACACCUCCAUGGAUGAGAACGCACCUCAGACACAAGCUCUCACGCCGUCUCUGACACAAGCGGAGGGUGACCCGGUGUACAACGCCUCACCAGUCAAGAACACCGCCCCCGUCAGUGACAGUCAGCACCCAGCGGCUGUUGGCCCACCUAUCUCUGUCUCCAGUCCCACCUUGGUGAGAAGCCCUCUCCUCCGACAGCGGCGCGUGAUGUGCUUCGACGACCAGCUCAGUGAUGACGACGACUCUGACAGCGUUGGACUCUUUGACAAAACCAUAAAAUCUGACGGUGGCACCAGAGAAUCCCACAGUUCAAAGAUGGAUUUAGCAGUUGUUUCUACUACGUCUUCAUUAAAUGUUGAUGGAGACAGCGAGGAUGGAGAUUAUCAGAGGAGUGACAGCAGUGAUCUGACUACUCCACUUUUCUCACAGAAUGAAGAAGCUCCACCUGGUUCAGAGUCUCCCUUCAUGCCGAUCCGCUGCCCCUCUGAGCACAGAGCGGGGAGUUUGGCGUCUCCUAAUCUGAUUAUCAACACUGAGAGCUUCAUCAGUAAAGACGAUGGACAGGUGGAGCCGAAGCGCUCCCCAAAGCUGGAGCACAAAGCCGUGAUGAGAGUCAAAAGCAUGAUGAGCAUUGAAGCUCCAAACCUGAGCCAGCAGCAGAAGUCCAGAGCUGACGAACCUUCUCCAGGACUGACCUCUGCCCAGAUCACGCCCAGCGCCGUGCAGGGUGGGAGAAACCCCCGCUCUGCUGCUGUUCACCAUCAUCACUGCAAGAAAGCAGAGACCAGUGAGCUGGCCGGGGUUUGUACCAUCGACACGGUGACUCUGUGGAGGAGGGAGGACGAGUCAUACGGACUCGACCUGGAGAUCAUGUCGUCUCCUCUGAAGGUCGUCAUCACCGGGUUAAAGCCUGGAGGAGCAGCAGACAGGGAGUCUGCAGGCAGUCUGAGUCCGGGGGAUGAGAUUGUGAAAAUUGGAGAGCAGCUGGUUUGCUCCUGCAGCUACCAGGAAAUCUGUGAGCUCAUGCUGAACCUGCCGACGACUCUGACCAUGGAGGUGAAGAAACCAGUGUCAGCUGUGGAUCAUCUGUCCAGUUUGAUCCUGUCAUCAGGAAACUGUGAUGGAGCCAACAGACCAAAACCUCAGCGAUCUGCUCCAUCAACACCCGGUGAAGAAGCAAAAACGAGUGAAAACUCAGAAACUUCCGACCACAUUCCUCAGUUAGACAAUGACUUUAAAAUCCCCAUCACUAACAUCGAUGACAUUUUAUCUGCUCUGAGCCCUGGCGCUGAUAAAAGCUCAAACACGAAAUCCUCAUCUGAGCCUGGAUCAGACCGAACCACUGCGAUGCCUCAUAGGAACCCCAAGAAUCAGGAUCCAUCCCAGCCCAACCUUCAGGACCACUCCAUCAUAAAAGAAGAACCUAAUGAAGGUACCACCCUCUCUGUGGAGAAGACACGACAACAGAAGAAGAGCCGUGCUGCUGCUUCCUGUAUGUACAACACGGGAGAUGACAGCGACUCAGACAGCGACUCGUCCACCGUGCUGGUCAACGAGUUGUUCAACAAUGGCGGUCAUGAGGCGUCGUCAGAUGAGGAGGUGGAGAUUUGUUCCUAUGACGUGCAGCAACCACAAACAGCUAACGGGUUUACAUGUUUUGGCCAACCCAGCGCUGAGCAGGGCGAUGGUGGUGCUCAGAUUUGUAGAGAAAACUCCUCCAGUCAAACCCAACUGUGUUCUCAGGUCCCAUCUUCAGGGCAACAACACUACACCUCCAUACCACCUUCCAUACCUCUGACUGCCACAGAUCCGAACUCUGACUGCUCCACUCAGCCGUCUGAGAGAGUGACGGCGUGUACGGUGUCCGGCUGUGGAGGUCUGAGCGUCUACAGAGGCUCCUCCCCUCCACAUCCUCAGGAUUCGUCUGCGAGUAUAAACAUAGACUCCUCCCUGACCUCAGAUUUACUGAAAGUUUCAAAAACUCCUCAGUCACCAGGAGAGAGGUCAGACGUCUUAGCUUCAAGUAGCUGCAGGUUAUCUGUGUCUGCAGCGAACACAGAGAAGCCUCUGGAGAGUACGACCAACUCCUUACUAAAGCAGACACCUGAGCUGAAACUCUUCGAUAAUACCGACACUUCGGCGAGGAGUAGUAACGCCAAACAAAGUCUGGUAAAGUCAAACACUCCCAAGCUGAAGGGUCUGAGUAUCAAGAGCAGGAACAAUGAGCCUCCCAGGAGUCAAAGUCCUUUAAACUCGGUGAAAUCGUCGCCAACAGCAACCACAUCUGACCUUUCUAAGACCAACACCCACCCUGAUACCCACAGCAGCCUGUUCUCACCCCGAGUCAGAAAACGGGUCACCAACACUCACGGAUCAUCUGAUGGCCCGCCACAACCGAUCAAGGACUCCAGACAAACAUCACAAUCCCAGGAUAAAGCACAACCUCCUGUAACUCAGAGAUCAUUUAUAGAAGUCCGUCUGUCUCCUUUAGCAUCACACAACGAAACCAUUCAUCUAAAGGACACCAGACUCUCUGAUAGAAACACAGAUUCACUAUCAAAUGCCACAGUGGAUAAAAUCACCAACACAGCACUUUGUCUGACUAAAGAAAUGACGAGUAAUGGCUCCAAACACACGUCCGAGUCUGGCGUUUCCAGACUUUAUAUGAAAUCAGAGGAGCGACAAAGAUUCACCACGCAUUCAGAGAAGUAUAACCCCUUCUCUGUCAGACAUAAGAUCAAGUCCUUUGAGAACCUGGCUCUCUUUGACAAGCCUUUUUCUCGAAGCAGUGACAUUCAGUCGUACGCUCUGGCAUACCGAGCCUCUCUGAACCAAAGGAUCGCCGGGUACAUGGACUUAGUGAACUCUGACUGCCACACACGACACCGUAGCUUCAACCCGUACAUGGACAACCUGAUCCCAACCACGAAUCUGCUGGAGAAAUCUCCAUCCACCAUGGCUCUCAUAAACCUCAAUCUCCCUGAAUCAGGCUCUAAAAUGUCUCCUCUGUCUGACGCUGAAGGUCCAAAAGUUCAGGGCGGGACGCCUCAAGUGCUGCGGAGGAAGCACGGUAAACUGGCCCGCAGCCGGCUAAGGCAGCUUCGAGCCCUCAGCAUGCCGGAGCUAGAAAAUAUCUGCACGGAAGACUUUACCAGAACGAUUUCUGAGGAGAAAACAGUGACUGAGGGCCAUCCGCCGUCAUCCACGUCUAUGACAGAGGCAAACAAAGAGAGCCGGGCUGAUUCCACUCAAGAGACCAAACAGAAAACCCCAGAGAGCCAUGGAGCCGGCUGGUCCAUCAGUCUGAAGGACCUUGCUGCUUCACCUGCGAGCCAACAAAAGCUUCAGACUCUGACGGGGAAACCAGACACAUCGUCUCUGCUGCAGGAGGUCAAAGGUCUCUCAGAGGUGGACGGUGAGGCUCACCUGGUGGUCCUGAACAAAGAGGAAGGAUCAGGACUUGGCUUCAGUAUCGCCGGUGGAGUUGACCUGGAGCAGAAAACAAUAACUGUCCAUCGGGUGUUCAGCCGAGGAGCGGCCUUCUUGGAGGGAACCAUCCAGAGAGGAGACAGCAUCGUGUCCAUAAACGGCUCCAGUCUGGAGGGGAAAACUCACGGAGAGGCCGUGUCCUGUCUGCAUCAGGCCCGGCUGUCCAGCCAGGCCGUCGUGGUCGUUCGCAGAGAGGGAGAACAGAGACGUGACACGACUGAGAAAACACAGAGGAAGAACUCCAACAGGAAGAGGAGCUCAGAAGGAGGACCAGCGGUGGAUGUGGGUCCAGAUGGAGCGUUGAAGGUGGAGCUUCUAAAGACGUCAGCCGGUCUGGGUUUUAGUCUGGAGGGGGGAAAGUCCUCCAGCCAGGGUGGGGACCGGCCUCUGACUGUCAAACGCAUCUUUACAGGGGGUGCUGCAGAGCUGUCUGGGGUGAUUGAAGUGGGGGAUGAGGUCCUCUCUGUGAACGGCUGCUCUCUGGAAGGUCUCAUGCACCACGACGCCUGGAGGAUCAUUAAAGCCACGGACGAAGGGCCAAAUGAGCUCCUGAUCCGUAAACCCCAGCCCUGACCAUGGACCCUAUUAAAUAACAGACUGACUGAGACCACGGAAAACUCCGGAAGCAGAGCAUAGGCAAUUAGGACAAACACGGAGAGACUGCUCCCCUUUUCACUCUUCUCUGCUGGACUCUGGUUGAUCUUUCCUCCUGUUUCAUGAGUUUUUAUUCUCUACAGGUCAGAUUGGAUGGACCACUAACUAAUGUGAUGUGCAAUGCUGAAUCAUGGUUUACUUUAUGAUGACUCCUGCUUUUUGUUGAUGAUUGAUUCUCUUUGAAAACUACAAAAAUAUUUCGAUGUUUCUUUUUUAAAAUAA